AUGUUCCAAGGUAUGGGACCGCCUACGUGGCUCAUUGUUCUUGGUGCCAUCGUCGCUACCCCUAUCUACCUUGCAUGGCUUACCGUGAUGGUUCCCUCCGCUGCAUAUGAUUCAUAUCGCAAGCAUAAACAGAAGAAGCCCCGUGUUCGUAAACGUGCGUUGACACUUCCACUGCCCGAUUCGUCUUCCCCUUGGCGUCGACGCCAAAAGACAUUUGACCAAGCGCAAUCCCCAUUCUUCCAACUACCCAUGGAAAUCCGGAGAAUGAUAUACCAUCAGGUAAUGAUGCCCUCCAAUGGAGCGGAUCUGUAUGUGGCCAUAACAGAUCACCGGCAGGAUGACUUCUCACGUGCCGAUGCGCGUACUCGUCGCCAGAUGCGGCAGAGGAAUAUAUGGCAACCGCUUUUCUUCGGAUUCGGUCAUGCGUGGAUGAGACCUUACGACGAGACUUAUUACUGGAACGAAGCAUGUGAUGUCAUUUCAAAAAUGCGGGGUGUUGAAGAUCUCAGAAUCUCUUUCACUAGCGGCAUGCGCGGGAGUACUGAUCUCGAUGAUAUCAACAAGUUGGUCUUUGUCUUAAAACCCCUGAUGGUUGUGCAACAAGUAUCAAACUUCAAUGUUGAUAUUUACUGGCCCAUUCCAGUUGAUCAGAAUGAGCUUCAGGACAGACUAGGGGGGGGAAACCACCCUUUUGCCUCGAAGUAG